AUGCUUUUCUACCUUACUCGCUCUGCCAGCUCGUCGUUCCAGCAGGCCCUCGUGCUGGAUAUGGCAAAGAUCCUAUUGGAAAACUAUUGCUUCCCAGAGAACCUGGUUGGGAUGCAGGAAGCCAUCCAACAGGCCAUCAACAGCGGCGAAAUCCUCCAGAUCUCAGACAGGAAGUCCCUCGCAUCCGUCCUCACCGCUGGAGUCCAAGGGGCUCUCAACGACCCGAGGUUGACCGUGUCGUAUGAACCCAGUUUUGUACCGGUGAUGCCCCCAGUGCUGCCAUCCCUGCCCACAGAGCAAUUGAUUCGGCUGGUGAGGAACUCGGUGAAGCUCGAUAUCCUGGAAAACAACGUGGGCUACCUCCGGAUUGACAGGAUUAUUGGGGAGGAGACGGCCACAAAGCUUGGCUCUCUUCUGAGAGAUAAUGUUUGGAAUACGGUGGCUCAAAUGUCCUCCCUGAUCUUUGACCUGAGGUAUAGCACGGCCGGAGAGCUUUCCGGAGUUCCUUUUAUAAUCUCUUAUUUCUCGGACCCGGAGCCCCUUAUUCACAUUGACACCAUCUAUGACAGGCCCUCUAAUACCACCAAGGAGCUGUGGACCAUGUCCUCCAUAAACAGUGAAAGGUAUGGAAAGAAAAAGGACUUGAUUAUUUUGACAAGCAAACGUACCAUAGGGGCUGCGGAGGCUGUGGCUUACACACUAAAACACCUGAAAAGGGCUAUCAUAGUUGGAGAGAGAUCAGCUGGUGGGUCGGUGAAAGUCCAGAAGUUCAAGAUUGGAGAUUCAGGGUUUUACAUAACAGUCCCUGUGGCCAGGUCCAUUAACCCUAUAACCGGCCAGAGUUGGGAAGUGAGUGGCGUCGCAACAUCGGUCAAUGUCAACGCCAAAGAUGCCAUCGGAAAUGCCAAGUCACUAUUGGCUGUGAGGAAAGCCAUUCCCAAGGUGGUUCAAAGCAUCUCGAGUACCAUCACGAGUUUCUACGCCUUCACUGACCGUGUUCCAACACUACUCCAUCAUCUGGAAUCGAUAGACUUCUUUUCAGUUAUAUCCGAGGAAGACCUGGCAGCCAAACUCAGCCAAGAGCUGCAGGCUGUGUCUGAAGACCCUCGGAUCAUCAUAAAACACACACAAGACCACAGCUCAACUGUGGAGGAAGGAUCCGAGCCCGAAAAGUUUCUGGAUGAUCCGGAUUUAAUAGGGGUACUUGUCGAUACAUCGUUCACGGUGCAAAUCCUCCCGGGAAACACUGGCUAUCUCCGCUUUGAUAAAUUCAUUGACGUACCCUUGACAGCCAAAUUUGGGGAAUACAUGGCUAAAAAGGUAUGGGAUCCCCUCAAGGACACUCAAAAUCUUAUCAUUGACUUGCGCUUUAACACCGGUGGGUCCUCAGCUUCUUUAGCCUUAAUACUUUCCUAUCUACAGGAUGCCUCGCAGAAAAAACACUUUUUCACUAUAUAUGACAGAAUUCAAAACACAACGACCGAGUAUGACACGCUGUCUGGGAUUACAGGCCCAAUCGAUGGCUCCAAGUGUGGGAUUUACGCGUUGACCAGCUACUACACAGCAGGCGUUGGAGAGGAGUUUGCGUACCUAAUGCAAUCAUUACACCAAGGCACCGUGAUUGGGGAAAUUACAUCUGGCACUGUCAUGCACUCCAAGACAUUCCAGGUUGAAGGUGCAAAUAUUACAAUUACUGUACCUUUCAUAAACUUCAUAGACAACAAUGGAGAAUGCUGGUUGGGAGGAGGUGUGGUCCCAGAUGCUAUUGUUUUAGCAGAAGAAGCUAUGGACCAUGCACAUGAGAUCAUAGACUUCCACAGGGGCCUCAAGUCCCUCAUAGAAACAACAGGGGAACUGUUAGAAAUUCACUAUGCAAUCCACGAGGUUGCUACAAAGGUCAGCCAGGUGCUACUGACCAAAUGGGCUGAGGGUUCAUACCGCGCGGUGGUGGAUUUCGAAUCUUUGGCAUCUCAGUUGACGGCAGACAUCCAGGAGACUUCAGGAGAUCACCGGCUCCACGUCUUCUAUUGUGACGUGGAGCCCGAGUCCUUGCACGAAGUUCCGAAGAUCCCGACGUCAGAAGAGGUGGGAUACAUAAUUGACGCCCUGUUUAAGAUCGAGGUAAUGCCAGGGAAUGUUGGUUAUCUGAGGUUUGACAUGAUGGCGGAUUUGGAGGUCGUCAAAGCCAUCGGACCCCAGCUAAUCAAAGUAGUAUGGAGCAAGAUAGCCAACACUGACAUCCUCAUUAUUGACAUGAGGUACAACACAGGUGGUUACUCCACGGCAAUCCCUCUUCUAUGCAGCUAUUUCUUUGACGCCGAACCCGUGCGACAUCUGUACACCGUCUUCGACCGUUCCACCAAAACCAUGACGGAGGUCAUGACCUUACCGCAGGUCAUGGGUCAGAGGUAUGGGUCCUCCAAGGAGGUCUACAUUCUCACCAGUCACAUGACAGGCUCGGCAGCCGAGGUGUUCACCCGCACAAUGAAGGACCUAAAUCGGGCCACCAUAAUCGGGGAGCCAACCAUUGGAGGGUCCUUAUCAAGUGGGACCUACCAGGUCGGGGACAGUAUACUGUAUGCCUCUAUCCCCAACCAGGUGGUUUUCAGUGCAGUGACUGGAAAAUUGUGGAGUGUGUCGGGUGUGGAGCCUCACGUCAUUGCCCGGGCGAAUGAUGCUCUGACUGUUGCACAGAAAAUCCUAGCUGCUCGACUGUCCAAACAAGACCAAGAGAAGUAA